AAUACAGAAAAUUCUUUACAAUGAAAAUUCGUCGUUGUUUCUGUUAAUUUCAUCUUCUUCAAUUUUGCCUCUUCUUCUUUGUUAUUUCCCUCUCAAAAAUAUAAAGCUCUAUAAGUAACAAUCAAGCAAAACCCAUUUGGUUUCAAGAUCCUAAACCAUUAAAUUUUGGAGCUUUUUUAUAUUUUAGAGAAGGGUUUUAAUCAAACAAAGAAGAAGAACAAUGGCUUCCAUUAACCCUUCAACAACAAUUAGAACAGCUCUACCGUGUUCCUUUGGAAGGAGGAACUUUAAAUUAUUCAAUGGGUUACAUGGAGUUACUUGGCUUUCAGCAAAUGGGAGCACGUCGGGUUCCAAAUCUUCUUUAAGUAUUAAGAGUGUCCCCAAUACUCAAGCUGCUUUAGUAUCGGAAGAAGGUGAUCUACUGUCGUAUUCCGGUAGAAAUAAUGGUGCAGCAAAUGGGGCUUUGAUUGAUAAUGAUUCAGUUGGAAUUAAGUUGCAGCCUGAUGCGGUAGCAUUUGCAACUUUGGCAGCGGAUACUGCUCCUAUGCCCAAUGGUUUUCCUGUUGAUGAUGAAGAGUAUGAUUUGGAUCGUCCUACACAAGGUUUUUCCUCCAUUCCUCAGGCCAUUGAAGAUAUUCGUCAAGGAAAGAUGGUAGUGGUGGUAGAUGAUGAAGAUAGAGAAAAUGAAGGGGAUCUUAUUAUGCCAGCACAAUUAGCGACACCUGAAGCUAUGGCUUUCAUUGUCAAGCAUGGUACCGGAAUAGUAUGUGUCAGCAUGGCAGGGGAAUAUCUUGACAGGUUACAACUCCCUUUGAUGGUAACCCAAAACGAAAAUGAUGAAAAACUUCGUACUGCAUUCACGGUGACAGUGGACGCUAAACAUGGUACAACCACAGGAGUUUCAGCUCAGGACAGGGCAACAACGGUUUUAGCUCUUGCAUCUAAAGAUUCAAAACCUGAGGACUUCAACCGACCUGGCCACAUUUUCCCGCUGAGGUACAGAGAGGGUGGUGUUCUGAAAAGAGCUGGACAUACAGAAGCUGCUGUUGAUCUUUCUGUUCUAGCUGGAUUUGAGCCUGUUGGAGUUCUGUGUGAGAUUGUGGAUGAUGAUGGCUCCAUGGCUAGGUUGCCAAAGCUUCGUCAAUUUGCAGAACAGCAGAAUUUGAAAAUUAUAUCUAUUGCUGAUUUAAUCAGGUAUAAGAGGAAGAGAGAAAAGUUAGUAGAUUGUUCUUCUGCUGCUAGGAUUCCGACAAUGUGGGGCCCGUUUACAGCCUACUGUUAUAGAUCCAUCUUGGAUGGCAUUGAACAUAUUGCUAUGGUUAAGGGUGAGAUUGGAGAUGGGCAGGAUAUUCUCGUGAGGGUACAUUCGGAAUGCCUUACGGGGGAUAUAUUUGGGUCUGCUAGAUGUGACUGUGGGAACCAGCUGGCUCUUGCAAUGCAGCAGAUUGAGGCUGCUGGCCGAGGUGUAUUAGUCUAUCUUCGUGGGCAUGAAGGAAGAGGCAUUGGCUUAGGCCACAAGCUUAAUGCUUACAACCUACAGGAUGCUGGGCGUGAUACAGUUGAAGCAAAUGAAGAUCUCGGUUUGCCUGUUGAUUCACGAGAAUAUGGCAUUGGUGCUCAGAUAUUACAGUUACUGGGUGUCCGAACAAUGAAAUUGAUGACAAACAACCCCGCCAAGUACAUUGGUCUCAAGGGUUACGGUUUGUCGGUUGUAGGUAGGGUUCCACUAUUAACAACUAUCACAAAGGAAAACAAGAAGUAUUUAGAAACUAAACGUGCGAAAAUGGGCCAUAUCUACGGAGUCGAAUUCAACGGCCGCUUAAGCAAUCUCAUCACUAAUUCCCUGGUUGAUACUACUGCUUCAGAUGCUUCUUCUAAUAGAUAAGAAUGUCAAUGCGGUGCUCACAAAUCAACCGUCAGAUCUCGAAGAACUUUAACAUGACGAUGGUAAAACUUUAUCUAUUGAAUUGACUUACGUUUACGAGUUCAAAUUCUUUCAUUUCAUGAUUGAGUAAGCAAAAAAGAUCAUAAUAAUGCUUACAUGAUUGGCUAAAGCUCUGCUGGAAGUUGUCUGUAAGUUGGAGAAAAUCCUGUGUAAUAGAAUCUCUUAUUGUGUUUUCUGAUUUCUGUCACUGUAAGAGAAGCUUCUAUCCACUGUAAUUCUUUUUGACAAUCUAUAAGCAUUGGCUUAGAUUAUAUAUAGUAAUAAUUUUGUGCAAA